CUUCGCAUCUCCGUGCGGGAAGAGGUAGUGCUCCGUGCUGAUUCAAUAACGCUAGGAUGGCGGAUAAGGACUGUACUAUGCCAGGGACGUGCCACUGGGGAGAGAACAAAGUGGCACUGGUCACGGGCUCGGCUCGGCGCGUCGGCAAAGCGAUCGUCUCGGCGCUGCAUAAACACGGCUACAACGUCGUGAUCCACUGCAACAACUCCCAAGCCGAAGCGGACGCCCUCUGCGGACAGCUCAAUGGCGCGCGAGCGAACAGCGCCCAUGUGAUCUCCGGCGACCUGUCCGUGUCGGUGGCGGCGACGGCGCAGCGGCUGGUGGCGGAGGCGCAGGCGCAGUGGGGCCGCCUCGACCUCCUCGUCAACAACGCCUCGCUCUUCUUCCUGACGCCGCUGGAGAAGGCCACGGAGCGCGACUGGGACCGCCUCAUGGACACCAACGUGAAGGCGCCCUUCUUCCUCACGCAGGCCGCGGCGCCCCACCUGAAGGCAGCGAAGGGCGGAGUCAUCAACCUGGGUGACGUCAUCGGCGAGCAGGCCAGCCCUCCGCUCACCAUCUACGGCAUCAGCAAAGCGGCGCUCAUUAUGGCCACCAAAAACCACGCCAUAGAGCUCGGCCCUGAGGUGCGAGUCAACUACAUCUGUCCGGGAGCGGUGGCGUGGCCGGAAGUGGAGCAGGACCAUCACGACGACGCCUUCAGAAAGGAAUGGCUCUCCCGGACGCCCCUCGGAAAGAUCGGGACGGCGGAAGACGUGGCGGACGCCGUCGUCUUCCUGGCGUCGCCCUCGUCCUCCUACGUGACCGGCAGCGGCAUCACCGUCUGUGGAGGGAGGUCGCUGAGGCUGUGAAGGAGGUGAGGAGGAGAUGAGAGGAGGAGGCGAGGAGGAGGAGAUGAGAGGAGGAGGCGAGGAGGAAACGAGGAGGAGG